UUGAACGACAGACAAAAGAAAAUUUUGAUAAUGUUCACACCAUUAAAGCCGACAGAAGCAGAUUUUAUCGACGUGACUGUUUUAAGUACUCCUCAGCCACAAGCAACUUCAACUGUACAAAGAAAAAGCACAUUGGAAAACAAUGUUCUUGAUAGGGGUAUUGAAGAGGCUAUUUGUAAACAAUUUGUUAAAGACAAAAAUGAUAUUACACGAAAGUCUACUGACUCAUCUCUUGGAAUACUGGACAGUAUAUCUUCCUUUUUAGCUGAAGUAAGUGGAAUAGAAGAAGUAGGGAAACAAAGUGAGAGUAAAUUGGACAUAGAAUGUGCUAGAAAGCUACUUCAAAGAUGUAGUGAUAUAAAAAGUACAUCUAUUACAUAUGAUACAAACAAAGAAAACAAUACGAAUUUUCAAAAUUUAUCUAGUAAUAUCAUUCCUUCAACAUUAAUUGAUUAUGGUCAAUCCGUAUGUUCCAAUCAAAUUAAUCUUCAGAAUGAAAAUAUUUCACAUUCAGUUAAGGAUAAAGCAAAUAGUGUUGUUUUUGAGCCAAAAGAGAUCAGUGCACGUUCAUCCGGAUUAAGUAGAAGUUCAGAAAAUAAUUUAUCAUCAUUAGCUUCAAGUAAAAAUUUGAAUCAAAUGACAUUUGAUACAACAACUGCUGAAUUCAUGGCUCAAUUUAGUAAUGAAGAUUUUCGUCCAGCUUCUGAAAUGGUCAGUCAAUUGUUAGCUGAUGAAGCAUCCUGGCAACAAAGUUAUCCUUAUGCUCUUCCCACAACAGCUUCUUCUGAAAAAGAAUACUUAAACUUUUCCUGUUUUUCUGGUAUCAUGGGUGAACUAGAUUUAUCAGUAGAAUCCUGCGCUGGGCAUAAGGUAUCUGUGAGUGAAUUUUUUAGAAGAAAAUGUGGAAAUUUUGGAGAAUUAUCGGAUACUGGGGUAGAAAGGCCAAGUUUGGGUCUGUCAGUAAAUAGUCCAAAAAAAAAAGAUCAUCUUAUACCUCUAGUUGAUUCAACUUGCUCUUCUGUAACAGAAGGUAUUACUUAUUUGCAUUUAUUGAAACAAAUUUCUUGUAUAUCUAAAAGGCUAUUUCUUCUUGUAGAUUCCUCAAUUGGACCCAAUAUCGCGAAAGAUAAAACUCAAAAUAUUCCAAAUAUAACAAAAGAUGUGGAAGAGCAAAGUAUUAUGAGUUUGACCAGUAUCGCUCAAGCACUACAGGAUAUCGAUAGUGGCACACCACGAAGAUUAGUGGAUCAACUCAUCAUGGCAAAGAAAAAGAAAAAAUCCACGCAGGUGCAAGAGAAGAGUGUAGUUAGAGAUACUUACACAUUAUCGCCUUCAAGUAGAAAAUCCAUGCCUGCUACUUCAAAUAAAAAUACAGAUAAUUUUGGAAAAGAUGUGGCAUUACUAAAUCUUUCUUCAAAAUUAUCUUUAGAUAGUAAAAUCAUUAAUGAAACUGUAGAUAUUAAACAUUCUGUUCCAAGAAUGCUUUCAUUUGAUUCUAACUCAGGUACAAAAAUAAACUAUGAGGCGAUUUCUCAGGAACUUAAGAAAGAGUUAAGUAGUGGAAACUUACCAUCCUUAUAUAGUCAAGAGCUUAAGUCAUUGUUGGAAGACUCUAAAUUAACUCUUCCAAAUUAUACAGAAAACAAAAUAUCAUCUCAUACUUCGAAAAUUAACGCAAUGAUUAGUCAGGAGGAAAAGUCUGCCGGUCUUGAAGAAGAAGAAAUAGGAAAAAAAGAAAAUAUAAAAAAGGAAAAUGUUUCAUGUAAAGAUAGAUCAGAAAUUCAAAAUAUUUCAAAUUUACAAGAAUUUUAUGUUAAUAACGUUGUCAUUGGCAAAAGUACAGAAGAAUUGUGCAGUUGUAUCGUUGCUAUACCUAGAGAAAUUGAUAUUGAACUCUUAAAUAAAAGUGAUAGAUGGGUCAUUUGUGCAUUAAGCGUAAAUCAAAUUCAAGGAGAUAAGCAUAAUGUCCGACUUACACUGCCGAAAGAUGUUAUUCUUAUUAAACCAAAUGCAGAACAACAUGUUAAGAUUUCCGUAAUAGUGGUGAAAAUGUGUAAACCAAUUAUUGCAGUUUUAAACAUAACAGUGUCAGAUAUGGUAACAAGAAUUGAAUGGAUUAUGAAACAUAUUAUAUGUCUCAAACCCGAAGAAGUUGAUAUAAACGUGUCAAACCCUUCUCAAAAAAAAGAAUUAGAUUUUCAGUAUAUUGCUGAAAAUAGCAUGGCAGUCUUACCUAUUACAAUAAAAAAUAAAAAUAAUGUCGAUGUACCCAUCAAAAUUACUAUACUACAGAAUGAACCAGCAAUAUUUAGCUUAGAAAAUCCAGAAGAAUCACAAUAUAUUACUCUUAAAUCUCAAGAAGUACGCACUACAAAUGUUCGAUGCAAGGCUGUUGCGCAAAAAAAUACUGAGACACAACAACGAUCCUUACAACGUUACGCUGGCACUUUAAUAAUUCAAAACGAAAGUACUCCAGAGAACAGUAUAAUAAUCCAAGAAAUUCCUCUUAUUGUACAAGUAGGAAUUUGUAAGAUACAAACGAUUGAUACAGACUUACCUUUGGUCGUUCCUAACAAACAAAGCAAACCCUUGACCGUGAUUAAUCUCGGGACGAUACCGACGCUAAUAACAGCUUCAUUUAUCCAAGAAAUUGAAUUAACAAAAAAUUCAAAAUGUUUCUCAGUUGAACCAGAAAAUUUACUUGUGCAACCUAGGGAAACUAGAUGCUUCUUUGUUACAUACAAGCAACAAACAACGGACACUCCUAAAAUGUAUGCAAAAAUUAAAUUAACUGCUGCUGGCAAUGAUCAUUACUAUUCUGUAAUCGGAGACUCAAACACAUAUACAGAGGCAGAAAAUGAAAAUGUUCGAUGCGAUACACCUCAGUAUUUACCACCUGUUAGUUCUCCAUCGUCUCCGCAUAGCGUGGUUUCAAACAAGUCAGGCGUAUCUGGCAGAAUUUCGCCUCUUAGUUCAGUAUCUGGUUUAACUGUUACUGGCGAUAAAAUUCCUAUCAGAACAACUCACGCUGCUCUGAUAUGGAAUAGCGUGAAAACAGGAAAGUCAGAAAUUAGGGAAUUCACUAUUCGUAAUACAAGUAACAACAAAAUAAGGAUACAAGCUAUUAUAUCGGACAGUGAAAAAAAUUUUCGAUUUCUUCGAGAACGACAGCCCGUUGGUGCUAUUGUAUUAGCUCUACAAGGUUUGGAAAGUAGGAUGCUGUCAGUUCUAUUUAGUCCUCAUCAUAUUGGCGCAGCGGCUGGAAAAAUAAUAUUCAGACACUAUGAGCCAAAAAGAGAAGAGUCUGAACCUGGAUCUUCGAAAGUGCUAUUUCUAUAUGGUUAUGGGGGUUAUAGCAAAGUUGAAAUUUCAGAAGCAUUUAAAGACACAGGCGGAAAAAUGUGGUUAUCGCUUGGUAUUUUAAGGUGCGGAAGAACUCCACGUGCAAAAAUCAAAUUACAAAAUAUUGGAGAUCUGUGUUCCUAUGUUAAAAUCAAAUUAAUACCCAAAGCUGUAUAUCCUACUAUGGCAUCGAGUUGGCAAGUAAAUCCAACCGAAUUCUUGCUAAAUUCGAAAGAUGUUCAAUGGGUGACUCUGGAAUUCGAACCGCGAAAGGAAGAUCUAGCUUUACUGCAACGAUCUAAUGUCUCACAUGUUGGAACCCUGUUAAUUACCCAUGGAGAUGAACCUACGCGUUGGCGAAUUCGUAGAUUGUAUAAUAAAAUGAAAGAAACAGGCGAAUUGAGUGGAAAUGAAAAUGAAACUUUUAGGAAUAUUAUUCAACCAUUAUGUAAAACUUUUUCUGGAGAACAAUUAAUAUCGGAUAUAAAUGCUAUACGAGAUUCAGUGCAAAAUCUUGGGGACCUUUGUCAAGGGAUUCGUCAACAUGAAAUAAUGUUAACGGUGGAAGUGUGCGCCGAUGAGACUAUGUCCGUUCUUCACGAUAAUGCCGACGAAUCACAAAUGUUUUAUUCUCUUUGUAGCGACAAUAGUCAGAUAUAUGAAGGAAAUGGUGAAAGUUUCCUACCCUCAGAGACUUUUGUAGCAAAUAGUACACUUCAAAACGGCAUGAAUGCAAGCGAUUUUAUCAUUAGCCCAUCUGUUGUAAUUUUAACUCCACCGACUAGAUCAGAAGCAGUUGUAACAAUAAGAAGUCCUUGUACUGUGGCAGAACCGUUCGAAACUGCUUUAUCAAAUACGGAGUAUUUAAAAGUCGUUCCUGCGGAAGGAAUGAUACCUACUAGAAGAGAUUUUCAACUAAAAAUACACUGUAAACGAAAAAUUGAACGGAAUUUCAACGCGGUUCUUGAAAUUUAUACUGAGAACAAAAAGUUUGAUGUACAAAUAAAAGUAACAGUUAAAUGAUUGUAAAUUGAAAUUUUAGAAUUAAUUUUUUAUUGAAGUAUUUAUGAUACAGAUACUGCUAUCCUAUAGCUUUUAAUUUUUAUAUCAGCAAUAUUUUUACUAUAAAUAAAUUAAUCAAUAAAAUUUUUAUUUGUUAA